CUUACAACCGAACUUGACCAGAAUUGUCAACCAUGUUAUCACCCCGCCUCUUCUCCCGGACUCUGCUCCGGCCCCGCCUGACUUUUCUCCAAGCCCGCGGCAGCCCUCGCCAGCCGGUGGUGACAAAAGGACAAAAGAAGAAUAUCCAUAAAAAGAGGGAGGCGGAAGAUGAUUUUGGUGGACCGGGUGGGCAGGAGUUGUAUCCUUGGGCUAGUGCUGUUCACCGGAAGUAUGCAACCCGCACUGCCGUCGGCGUGGCCGCCACCUGCGCCGUACUUUACACCUCCAAGAUGCUGGAGCGCAAGGGAUUCUUCAACCAGCCUGGCGAUCGGUACGUGCUGACGCAUGACAAUACCAAGGGAGAGUUGGGAGACGUGAUGAUGUUGAGGGUUAGAAAUGGCCAGGUUGUGUAAGGGUGGGUGAGACUGGAGAAAAUGGCGACUGGGAGAGAGAUGGAAGGAGAAGAGUUAUAACACUACGCUAUGGAAGGAGUUGAGAAGAAAUUGACUGGGAACUGUUGAUCGACAGGAAAUGAAACAAGGAAAAAAGAAGGAACGGCGAUUGUCGAGAUAGUGUACAUGUACUGGAAAUAGGUACGGAUGGCGGACUGGAUCAAGUUGAAAUCUAACGGGGAGGGAUCUAUCUGUUCGGCCGACAUUCUACGAAGGACGGAACUGCAGCUUGCGAUAAAU